CUACGACUUCUCCCAAACUCCAACAAAAUAUAUCCCCUUCUAUGGAGGAGCUGAGUACCAUGAUUACCAUCAUUAUGUUGGAGGGAAAAGCCAUAGUAACUUUGCAUCAGUUUUUACCUACUGUGACUACAUCUAUGGAACAGACAAGGGAUACAGAUAUCAGAAAGAACACCUUGCAAAGUUGAGAGAGAAAUGGAAACAAAUGACCUAACCAAAGAAGUGAAUGCUAUAUCAGGCAAGUAUGAAUAAGCAUCACCUGUGGAAGUUACAUGCAUCACGAAAAUGCUUUUCCAUAUGUGCUUAUGGUUGGAGAUGCUCGCAUGAGCAGGAUACCAAAAGUCAUCCGUCUCCAUCUAUGCAGAAAGUUGAGCAUGUGCUUGCAUAUUGUUAUUUAAAUAAGCUCAACUUUUGGAUUAUGUAGAAAAAGCUCUCAUAUUAACAUUAUAUAUGUUAG